UAAAAUUUAAAUUUAAAAGUAAAUAUAUAAAAAUUAUUUAACAAAGAAGUCAAAGAAGAAGAAGAAAAUAAACAUGCCUGAAACAGAGUAUGAAUAUGUAACAAAGGAGUGGUUGCAAUCAGAGUUGCGUGCCACUUCCUCUUCCUCAACGUCAAAUGCAAAAGAUUUAAUAAUAUUGGAUUGUCGCAGUUCGCACGAGUAUAGUGAAUCUCAUAUACGUUCUGCUGUUAAUUUUUCCAUACCGACAAUUAUGUUGCGCCGUCUUGCAGCCGGAAAAAUUGAUUUGUUAUCAACAAUUAAAUCACCCGAACUAAAGGAACGCAUACAGAGCGCCUAUAAAAUCAGUCUAUUUAUACUCUAUAACAAUGUGGGUGUGCAACAGCAGCAACAGCAUGCAGCGGAUGUUGUUGCAUCCGGCCUGCCAGUUGGUUUAGGCGCACCACUUGAUAUUAGCGGCGGUGGCGGUGGAGGAAAUUGCGGAAAUGGUAGUGGAGCCGCUAUUGAUACCACAAUUAAUGUUUUGCAUAAACGUCUUAAACAGGAUGGAUGUCGUGUUGUCUCAUUGCAGGAUGGUUUCUCCAGUUUCCGCCAAGCAUUUCCGGAAUGGUGUGAAGAUAUUAGCUCACAAAAUACUGAAAUGGAAUCUAGUCGCAGCACACAAGCUGAUCAGCUCAUGGGAUUAAGGUAUUUAUCAUCACUGCGAAUAUCAACGCCACAUUCCGAUUCUGCCUGCAGCAGUUCUGCCGAAUCAUCAGAUUGCGAAAGCACUACACAUCAUAAUUUCAAUGAAGCGCCCGUGGAAAUUAUACCCGGUCUGUUUUUGGGUAAUGCAUCGCACAGUAACGACUCGGGAGCUUUACAGAAAUAUAACAUAAAGUAUGUUUUAAAUGUUACACCAGAUCUUCCUAAUGUCUUCGAAGAAUCAGGCGGCAUACAGUAUUUACAAAUUCCAAUUACUGAUCACUAUUCACAAGAUUUGGCCAUGCAUUUUCCAACAGCUAUUAAGUUUAUCGAGGAAGCUCGUUCCAAAAAUUCGGCCGUGCUGGUUCACUGCCUUGCCGGCGUCUCCCGCUCUGUCACAGUAACAUUGGCAUACCUAAUGCAUACACGUUCAUUAAAUCUAAAUGAUGCUUUUACACUUGUACGUGAUCGCAAACCGGACGUAUCACCGAAUUUCCAUUUCAUGCAACAAUUGCAUUCAUUCGAACAGCAACUACAUCUUACAUCGAACGAAUGCACCGCAAUGGAUGAAAGUGUCACCAGCAAUACGCUUUCUGCUACAGUCUCAGCAGCAAUGGUACAGAGCAAUCGUUGCGGACGUGGUUCAAAAUUUACAUGCACCUGCAUCGCAACUGAUUGCAAAUGCAUGCAAACCGGCGGUUAUAUGGCGCAACUUGCCAAAGCAACUGGUGUCUCACCCGAUUCCGGUAUUGAAUUUGAUCGGUGGACGCCAUCUUCCGAUACAGGUCUUAAAUGAGAUCAACUUGUGGGAAAAAGUUUUGUGCUGCCGCCCAGUGUCGGAGAACCGCCUACAGCGCAUAAUGCCGACAAUAUGUCGCCUGCAUCGACAACCUCUUCGUCCACUUCGACAACAACCACUGCUGAGGCGGUCUCAGUGGUUGAAGUUAUGCCAACGCAUACAAAUGAGGGACGCACAUUGGUCAGUGUUGACACAACACUUGCCGAAGAGGACGAAACGGAGCAAAAUGCCGAUGAAAUUGAACAAUAAAUUUGCACAAUGAAAAAUGAAAAAUU